CAUAGCAAGUAAAAGAAAGCUCACAGAGCAGCAUUAUUUAGAAGCCUUAGUCUUUCUGUAUUAGAAGAGAAGAAUACCUUGUUUUGUUCACCAGGAAGUUCAGACACAGCCAAUCAUCUUCUAUCCUUCCAUAUAUAUAAACUCUUCAAGCAACAAAGUAUUCAUCAAUCUUUCAGACACAGUUUUCUGUGUAAGACCUUAGAAGCUGAAAAUGGGAGUUGGAGGAACUUUGGAGUACUUGACUGAUCUAAUGGGCAGUGGUGGCCAUAAACACAAGAAGAAGAAGCAAUUACAGACUGUGGAGCUCAAAGUCAGAAUGGACUGUGAUGGUUGUGAGCUUAAGGUCAAGAAGGCUCUCUCUUCUUUAAGUGGAGUUAAAUCUGUGGAGAUUAACAGAAAGCAACAGAAGGUGAGUGUUACUGGGUAUGUUGAACCCAACAAGGUGCUGAAGAAGGCAAAGUCUACAGGGAAGAGGGUAGAGAUAUGGCCUUAUGUGCCUUACAAUCUAGUGGCUCAGCCCUACAUGGCUCAAGCUUAUGACAAGAAGGCACCUCCUGGUUAUGUCAGGAAAGUGGAGAACACCGGAACAACUGGCACCAUGACACGAUAUGAAGACCCCUACACAGCCAUGUUCAGUGAUGAAAACCCCAAUGCCUGCUCUAUCAUGUAGCUAGCUAUCAGCCAAAGAUUUUCUGCCUUGUCUGCUCUGAUCAGUCUCUAGUCUCCAAGCCUCUGUAAUAUUUUGAAUGUAGGGUAAAUUUUUUCCUUCAAUUUUUUCCCCCAAGUUUGUAACUUUGUGUGGGAUUCCCUCAUAUAUGAGAAUGUGAGUUA